GCACCACGGCAACGAAUCAGCGCCGAUCCCAGCAUGCACCGCGGCCCCGCAAAAGCUACCGCUCCCGGCAUGCCGUGGGGCAGCGCUGCGCACUCCGCGAGGGACAAGAUGGCGGCGGUGGAGCACGUCGUGGCGGACGCCGGGGCCUUUCUGCGCGGGGCGCCGCUCCAGGACUUCGGUAGAAACGUUUACACUGUUAAGGAGGUGGUCAGUGAAAUCCGGGAUAAGGAAACCAGGAGGCGAUUGGCCGUGCUGCCCUAUGAGCUUCACUUCAAACAGCCCUUCCCUGAGUACGUUAAACUAGUGACAGAAUUUUCAAAAAAGACGGGUGACUACCCUAGUCUGUCAGCCACAGAUCUUCAGGUGCUAGCCCUGACCUACCAGUUGGAAGCAGAGACUGUUGGGGUGGCUCAUCUGAAGACAGAGCCAGAAAAAAAGGUUCAGCUGAGCUCCACCAUACAGCAUCCAGAGGCUCCUGUUCAUGUCGCUGGGUUCCACCUGCCUUCCAAGUCCAAGCACCUGGAGGAAGAUGCGGGUCUGUCUGCAUCUGAAAGUGGCCUGCGUGCAGCAGCAGAGGAGAAGCCAGAGUUCGGCUCCUUCUUGUACUGGAGGAACCCUCUGCCCAGCAUUGAAGGGGCCUUGCAGGAGCUGCAGAAAGCUGACACCGUUUCCAUUAGCCCAGAGGUACCGGCGAGUCUCCAGUCUGGGGAGGAUCAGGAAAGUGCUGGGGAGGAUGGAAGUGAAGGGGACAGUGAUGACGAUGAAGGCUGGAUAACUCCCAACAACAUCAAACGGAUCCAGCAGGGUAUGGGGCAUGGUGAUGCUUCUGCCAACGUGCAGGUCGGCUGCGUGACCACAGACUUUGCCAUGCAGAAUGUUCUGCUCCAGAUGGGUCUCCAUGUGCUGGCAAUGAAUGGCAUGCUGAUCCGGCAAGCCAGAAGCUACAUCUUACGCUGUCAUGGCUGCUUCAAGACAACGUCCGACAUGACCAAGGUUUUCUGUCCGCACUGUGGCAACAAGACACUGAAAAAGGUUGCAGUAAGCGUGGGCGCUGAUGGCACCAUCCACAUGCACUUGUCUCGCAACCCAAAAGUCCUGAAUACACGAGGGCUUCGGUACUCGCUGCCCACUCCCCAAGGGGGGAAACACGCCAGCAACCCCCACUUGGCUGAGGACCAGCACUUUCCUCAGCAGCGGCUUUCCCGGAAAGCAAGGCAGAAAACCAAUGUCUUUGACCCGGAUUACAUUGCAGGGGUUUCUCCCUUCGCAGAAAACGACAUCUAUAGCCGUGCAGCCAACCUGCAGAUCCGGGAUGCAGCUCUGGGUGCGGGCCGGCGGCGCAUGAAUCCCAACGCAGCGACCAAGAAGUUUGUGAGGAAGAGAUGAAGGGGAGGGGACCCCGCUGUGAUCUGGCUGCAUCAUGAGGAAAGGGCUGUUGACUCAGGGCAAUAAGCAAUGCCACAUUUUCAUGUCUGGUCUCAGAAGGAUAAGAAUUGUCACAGGGCAAUUCCAAAGCUUGCUGUGCUGGCUGGAUUCAGAGGGGGUUUGGGCCACUGCUUCUAUGCUCAGCCAGCCAUCUAACGAGCCAGGAGACACCUGUGGCUGAGCAGCAGCAUUGAGCCUGGUAAGUGAUUCGCUGAGAUGAGGAUGCAGAGCUGCAGGAGGAAAGAAGGUGGGACUUCAUCAAACUGGAUCUGGAACGCAAACCUGGCUGUUAUCCACUCCUGCUGCUUCUCCCAAGCUGUAUAACCACGCCUGGCACGUCAGCAUUUUUAAUAAAAAAGGGAAUUGCAUUCCCUGUGUUUCACUUCAAGUGGAAAAGGGCCUGGAGCUGUUGGCUACACUCCAAUACGGUGCAGGCAAAAUGUGUGUGGACUGAACCAGCUGUGGGAAGUAGUAAAGGGUAGAACUUGGCCCCAUAUUGGCCCUUCCCUGAAGAUGCUGGAAAUGCAUUAAGAGACCAAGCGGGGUGGUCGUGUCUGAUGUACACAUGGUCCUUGUUACGGAUCCCCUACCACUGACGAUGAGGCACGGGGCCUGCUGGUCAUGGUAGCACAAGUGCCCAUGCUGGUGCUGGAGCCGGUGAGUGCAGCAGGAGGCAGCCACAUGCUUUUCCAUGACUUGCGGCUCCCCGCUGUGAGCUGCUGAGAUACUUUGAUGCUGGAGAGUUAGGGGGUGACAGCUUCUCUUGGUGCUGGCUGGGCCACCUAUCCAGCUUCUGUCUCACUGCAGGAAGAACAACCCCCCUGACAGUUAAGCGUUGCAUGCACACACCCGGACAGCUUGCCUACGCUCUGUACACACAGCGUAGGAUGGACAAUAGCCACCCAUCCCAUUGGGCCUGCAUUGCCACAGCAGCAACCUCACCCCAUACCCAGGGGCAGAAGCUGGGUGCUGACGUAGUCUGUUCCUUCAUAUUUACCCUUGACACAAUAACAUCUUAAAAUAAACACUCAGCAAGUAGCCCUAGACAGUGAGAGUGGAGCAAACAGCUGCACCAGCAUCAUAAGCAGCCAGCCAGAACCUCAGGAACCUGUUAUAAAGCCAUUGGCUCCCUUCCCUGGAGAGCGUCCUGCAAAUUAGGCAAAAGGUCCAUAUUCAGGUAGAGCAGGGCUUGGAGACUCACCCGGUUCUGCUGCAGUGGGACGGCUGGGAAUGGGCUGAGUGGUUGAGGGAAAUAAAGGCUUUGACUGCGUAAAACCCUGGGGAGAGGUUUUGACACUGAGUGCCCAGAACCAAGGCUCCCUCUUACCCCUGUCCCAGCGAGAGCCACAUGCUGGUACUAAUCUGGGUAUCAGCCCCCGCCAGCCCAGUCUGUUAACCACCCAACUGUUCUUCUCAGGCUGCUUCUAGCCUAGUCCCUACCUUGCCCUGCAGGUUAACACUGUGUACCCCAGUCCCCGCCUC